AUGUCGACAACUCAAGAUCCUCUGGACGGUAUCUCAGGGGAGCUUGCAAACCACCGAGACGGGCUCAAAGCGGUGCUGUUCAUCUUCAGCGCCAUUUCCUUCUACAAUGUGGUUGAGCUGGUCGUCCUCGUGCUCUCGACUUUCCGCCGCUGGCGGGGCCUGUAUUUCUGGAGCCUGCUCCUCUCCGGAUGUUUCGGGGUGGUCCCAUACUCGCUGGGGUUCCUGCUCAAAUUCUUCACCUCCGCCAACUCCACCUUAUCCGUCACGAUGCUCAGCAUCGGCUGGUGGACGAUGGUCACCGGCCAGGCCUUCGUCCUGUACUCGCGCCUGCAUCUUGUCCUGCGCGACGAGCGGGUCCUGCGCCGCGUGCUGGUGAUGAUCAUCGCAAACGUCUUCCUACUACACAUCCCCACCACGGUCCUGACGUACGGGUCCAACGUCGUCGACCGCUCGCCCGUCUUCGUCCAGGGUUACAACAUCAUGGAGAAGCUGCAGAUGACCGGCUUCACGAUCCAGGAGGUGGUCAUCUCGAGCCUGUAUGUCUGGGAGACGGUGAAGCUGCUCCGGCUUGGCUCGGACAAGGACAAGCAGCGCAUCAUGUACCAGCUCGUCGGCAUCAAUAUCAUCAUCGUCCUGAUGGAUAUGGCUCUGCUGGGCCUCGAGUACGCCAGCUACUACGCCGUCCAGAUCACACUCAAGGGCGCGAUCUACAGCCUCAAGCUGAAGCUGGAAUUCGCGGUCCUCGGCAGGCUCGUCGACGUGAUCCAUGGGAAUAGACGGCCCAUUAUGGUCAGGGAUUCCGUGCAUCUCUGUUCGUUGGAGUUUCAUGCCGGUCCAAAUGACAGGGGUAACCAAGCCGGUGUAAUGGGGGAUGGGAAUAUCUGUGAGAUCUCGGCCAACAAUGCCGCCGGGAAUAGAAAGGUCCAGACGGCCACCGCGGAACAUUUCGAGGGGCGGAUCCCGGACGGGAAGAUACUCGCAAUGACCGAGUUUUCCACUUGGAUCGAGCGACGGCCGCGCGGAGGUGACGGUCAGCGAAUGGUUUGA